AUGCCCUACCAGGAAGGUUCCUAUUUCCCCUCACCACCUUCCUCCUCUGGCAAAUUUGUUUGCCUUCGCCCCGCCAUCUGCCACCCACCUUUCACGGGGAAGUGUGACGGUGACGGGAGGGAGGAGCUGGGCGAUCAAAGGCAGCACACCGAUGUUAAAACCUUGGAAGCUGAGCAUGCGGUUUCAUUUUCUUCUUCUUCUGUUGCUGUUGCUUCCUCUGCUGUUGGAGGCAGUGCUGGCAGCAGCAUGGGUGGAGGAGCAGCAGCAGGAAGGGGCGGAACGGGGGGAGUUGGAACAGGUGGGAGUGGCACAGCAGCAAGAGGGCGUGGGUCCCAGCUGUUCCCAUGGUUGGGAAAUUCCUUGUUCCUGUGA